GCAUUAUCUCUCAAUAUCAUUCUUUGAUAGCCAUCGCCGUUGAGCACUGCGACCUAAUCGGUGCGCCCAAAACUCUGAGCCUCCGACCAUCUUGCAUCCUCUCCUUACUCGCGUUGCUCAAUCGCGUCCAAAGCUGGCGCCACUUGACCUGUAGAUGGCUGCAUCGGGCGUAUUGCCCGCAACCUUGCGCCUACCGGCCUCGGAAGCUCGGGGACCAGCGAGCGGUGUUGCGCGUGCGUCAUCCACCCCCGCGGUGCCCAGAAUGCGUCGCGCGGUCAUGGGCGGGCUCUGGGCCGUGUCCCGGACCUCCCUGAGGAGCUCGGGACCAGCCGCCACGUGGGGCAGUGCGCAGCUGGCUAACAAUGCCAAUGCCGCUGCCAUGGCAGCCUCACGUGGGGGCAUCGGUGCCAGCAGCGGCAGCAGCGGCCGCGGGACUCGGGGAGCGGCGGUGGGCGGCGCGGCGGCGGCAGUGGGCGCCGAGGCUGGAGCCCGCCUGGAGAGCCUGCCCUGGGCUCACACCUUUGUGAAUGAGCUGCCCGCGGACCCCAACACCACCAAUGUCGUACGUCAGGUAGAAGGGGCGCUGUUCACGCCCGUACAGCCCACGCCCCCCGACGGUGUGCCGUACACCAUCACCUACUCAGCCAAGGUGGCCCGGCUGCUGGGUCUGGACCCCACCGAGUGCGAGCGGCCCGAGUUUGCGCUGGUCAUGAGCGGCGCCGCGCCGCUGCCGGGCGCCCGGCCCUUCGCCGCCUGCUACGGCGGACACCAGUUCGGCCAGUGGGCGGGUCAGCUGGGAGACGGUCGCGCCAUCACCCUCGGCGAGGUGGUGAACCCCGCCACGGGCGGCCGCUGGGAGCUGCAACUCAAGGGCGCAGGCAAGACGCCCUACAGCCGCCGUGCCGACGGCCGCGCCGUGCUGCGCUCCAGCCUGCGCGAGUUCGUGGCCAGCGAGGCCAUGGCGGCCCUGGGUGUGCCCACCACCCGGGCCCUGAGCCUGGUGGGAACAGGUGACAAGGUGCUUCGCGACAUGUUCUACAACGGCAACGCCAAAAUGGAACAGGGUGCGGUGGUGUGCCGUGUGGCGCCGUCGUUCGUGCGCUUCGGCACCUUCCAACUGCCCGUCAGCCGCGGCGCCGGCGAGGUGGGACUGGUCAAGAUGGCGGCUGACUGGGUGAUCAAGCACCACAUGCCGCACCUGGCAGCCGAGCCGGAGCCCUACCUGGGCCUGUUGCGGGAGGCCUGCGCCCGCACCGGGCGGCUGGUGGCGCAGUGGCAGGCGCUGGGGUUCGUGCACGGCGUGUUGAACACCGACAACAUGAGCAUCCUGGGGCUCACCAUCGACUACGGCCCGUACGGCUUCCUGGAUGUGUUCGACCCGGACUGGACCCCCAACCUCACGGACGCCAGCGGUCGCAGGUACUCGUACCGCAACCAACCCGAGGCGGGGCAGUUCAACGUGGUGAUGCUGGGCAACGCCCUCCUGGCCGCAGACCUGCUGGGGCGGGAGGCGGCCACGGAGGCGCUGGUCGGGUACAGCGAGGUCCUGUCCACCACCUACAACCAGCUCAUGGCAGCCAAGCUGGGACUCAAGGAGUACGACAGGACCCUGGCGCAGGAGCUGAUGAAGAUGAUGUACACAGACGAUGCCGACUUCACCAACACCUUCAGAGCCCUGUGUGACAUCGGUAGCGGCGGCGGCAGCAGCUCGGAGGAGGGCGGCGGUGCGGCGGCGGAGGGGCCGCAGCAGCUGCCGGGGCGCCUGGCGGCGGCUCUGAAUCGCGGUCAGCCUCUGAGUGAGGAGCGGGCGGCGGCGUGGCGGCAGUGGCUGCAAGCGUACCAGGCCAGGCUCCGAGCGGACGGCACACCGGAUGCCGAGCGCCAGGCGGCACAGCGGCUGGCGUGCCCCAAGUUCAUCCCCCGCCAGCACCUGCUGCAGUGGGCCAUCGAGGCGGCGGAGCAGGGCGACUACAGCGAACUGGAGGCGCUCAUGGAGGUGCUGGAGAGGCCGUACGACGAGCAGCCCGAGGCGCCUGCCAAGUACUCGGCCCCGCCGCCGCCCGACAUGGAGGGGCGGCCGGGCGUAUGCAUGCUGUCCUGCUCGUCAUGAGGCGGAGGAGGAGGCGGUGCUGGAGCUGGGGCUGGAGCUGGGGCUGUGUGGGAAGCAGGGGAGGAACCUGCUGGGAACACACAGCUUGUCGCUGGAGCUGGGGGUGCUGGGGAAGCUGGUAAUGGGGUGCUGGGACGUGUCGGGGACUCGGAAAGCAUGCAGAGCUGGACCAUGCAGAGCCCCGGCGGUGAAUAACUGGUAGACGAGUUGUGAUGGCGGCGUGAUGCAGACCUGGCGGGGUCUGGCGGCGGGGUCUGGUGGCACCGAAUGGUGGGAGUUGUAGUGCUGAGGUCGGGCUUGGGCGCGCCACGCACGGGGAGCCCUCGCGGGUGACGAGCUGCGGACCAGCGGUAUAUGGGACAUGAAAAAGGCAAAGCAAGUGUCUAAUGUAGUUGCGGCCUGAUAAACAAAAUGGCACCCAGCCCAGGCACCGACGAUCAUGGAAAUACGUCGCCCCCACGCUGGAGACUGCGGACCAGCGGUGUGGUGGAGACGUGCAGGAGGCAGCAGGCGGUAGGGCUGGGUAGCUGGCGCGUGCGGGCCCGGCUUAGGAGUGGGCUGGCGCGUGGGUGCCGCCGCGUAUCCGGGAGCCUUCAAAUCAGGGGAGGGCCUCCCCUGCUGAACAUUACCGUAGGCAUCCCAUUACAAAACUGCCUGCGUCUUUCAGCAGGGCCUGCCGAUGUCGGGUUCUGUAACCAAGGCAUUGU